UAUUAGUUGUGUGAAAGCAAGCUAAUGAAAUGCAUGUGGGCGGAGCUAAGCAGCAUGUAAAACAGUGUCAUCACCCGCUGUUCUUUUGUUUGUUACACAGUUCACACUUGUGUUUGUUGUCUGAGACGUGAUCAGAAGACGCGGAUCGUCCCUGACAGCAUCAGAGAUGUUUGCCAAAGCCACAAAGAACCUGCUCUCUGAGAUAGACCCCGAUGGUACUCUGAUCCCUGUGUCCCGUCUGAACGACUCGGACAGUCUGGUUCCUCUGGCCCUGGUCAUCAGGCGCAACCGCUUCUGGUUCUGGCAGAGGCCCAAGUAUCUGCCGACUGACUUCAAACUAAGUGAUGUUCUCUUUGGAGAUCCUAUAAGUCCAGUUGUGGUUGAGACUGACUUUUUGACCUAUAGUGGCAAAGUCGUGGAUAACAAAGGUGGAAGUUUUGAAGCAGAAAUUGGGCCCGAGAGCCUUAAUGUAGAGGGGAGCUGCUUAACCAAACUUCAGUCAUCAUUUGGAAAACUCAAGAAACAGGAGGUGGAUGUCCAGAAGCUGUUACAGAACUCCAAAGCUAGAGUUCUGGACCUGCAGCACUCUCUGGUUCAGCAGACACGCGAGCAGCCCAGGGAGGUGUUGGCAUUAGUGAAGGAACGAAUCAUCACCACUGAUUCCUGCACAGUCACUGAAGAGGUUCAGGAGAAUGGCACCUGCACUGGAAUGUUCGGCUUCAAUAAGAAGAUAAAGGUGUCAGUCAAUGACAAAGGAAAGCCUGUUGUGGACAGUGACAUUAAUGUUUCUCUCAACAUUCCCCCGAAAACCAUCAUUGCAUAUGGCGUGAUUGAGCUGGAGGUUGCUCAAACUGGGCACUAUAAGCUGUGUCUGCUGCCAGAUGUCAAAGGCGGGUUUGAGGUUGAUGGGCCAAUGAUUGCUGUCCCAGAUGGUGCUUCACCUGUCAAAACGAGCAACAAACUACAGAAAGAGCUUGAUGGACUACAGGGCCAGUUUAAGGUACUGUCUGAACUCCCGGCCAGCACCCAGUCCGCUCUCUUCCAGCAGAUCUCUCUACUCCUGCAGAACGGAGCAGCCAUCAGCCUGCUAGAGAACGCAUUAGAGGACCUGUGUGGUGGAAGGCAGCCUGAUCUGACUAUGUUUGAUGAGAUGCCAGCUCUGAGGCCUGCUCUGCUGACCACACUGAAGCUUGUACAGAAGGUUGCUACUGGAACCGAUCCUACCAAACAGCCAAACUUCUCUGGACAGCAGCAAAAACCCACCGUUCUCAAGGCCACAUACCUGCUCAUCAGCUCUUUAGAGGAGAUGCCUGACUCUGCCCUGGCUGUGCUCGAAUCCUGCUGCAGUUAUUCCACCCUGCAGGCUCUGAUCCAGCUUGUGCAAAAUCUGGCUUCCAACAAGAACACCUCUAUGAAGGACAAAGAGAUGGCUGUGUUAGCCGAUGAGAAGGUUUUCAAGAAAGUUAUUGAACUCUUCGGUUGCUGUAAUGUGACCCUGCGUAAGGAGAAGGAUUCACUUGUGACAGAAAUCAGUAAGACACAGGAUUGCCUUCCUCUCAUGCUGUGCAUUGUAGCCAAGGGAUUGGCAUCUCUAGCGCCCCCUGUCUGAUUAGAGUAGAACAGAGGAGGAAAAGAAAUAUUGUCCAAUGUAAGCUAACCCAUGGUGUUAUGGGGAUCAGAGGGCCUCAGAAGUCCCUGCAGAUGGACAGUCAGAUUUGUUUUGGGAGAAAUCACAUUGUCUUAGUAUUUAUUUUCCUCUUUAUCUACUGUUUGUCUAUGAAUAUUUCUGAUUUGUAUUUGUUUUAUAUGUAUUUCAUAGAAAUAACUGACUACUGAUGUUUAAGUACUGGUGAUAUUUUAAAGUGAUAUUCAUUUUAAGCACUUGAUUAUCCAUUACUGUGAAAUACAGGAAAUCACUAUUUGUGUUUACAUCAUAUUUUGGCCUGUUUUGUAUUUUUUGAAUCUCUGAACUUGAAUGUCAGUUCUCCACAAAAACAAAUAAUUGUCCU